UCCACAGUUCACAGCUGUCACUGCCGUUUAUAUAACCUCAAACCUUAAAAUAUAUGAAAUUCCGGACAAGCCCGGUCAAUUUGUAGAUUGCUAACUGAAAAUCACACGAUGUCCGAUUUUGAGAACCUUUCCGGCAACGACAAGGAGCUGCAGGAGUUCCUUUUGAUCGAGAAACAGAAGGCACAGGUCAAUGCGCAGAUACACGAGUUCAACGAGAUCUGCUGGGAGAAGUGCAUCGGCAAGCCGAGCACCAAACUGGACCACGCCACCGAGACGUGUCUGAGCAACUGCGUCGACCGAUUCAUCGACACCUCGCUGCUUAUCACCCAGCGCUUCGCUCAGAUGCUCCAAAAGCGCGGUGGCGGCGACCUGUAGAGUUGUUCACAUCAUCGACAUUGAUACCGGGAUCUGGGUAUCAGAGUCCGUGGGCGCUUCCGUCACUGUCCUACUGUUAAAUCUAUUUUUAAACAAAAAAUUAUCAUGUAAGAACAUUUUUUUCCGCGCUGCGUUUAGCCGCCGGCAUCCAAAGUAUGUUGCCCGUAGCCUGCACCCAGCCCGAAAUUGAAAUCCGUGAUUCCAGUUCCGGAAUUAAUCUUUAAUUCGGUAGCGCAACUCAAUUGUUUGGUCGGACCUACGUUAGCGUACCAAAAAUAAAUACAUCUUUCGUUUCGUAUGUUUAAAA